AUAAUCAAAAUAAAAAAUUAUAAUUAUAUAUAAAUUAAGAAUCCUACAAUUGUUUAUAAAAUUAAAUAAUGUAAAUAAUGUACAGUUAAGUCAUUAGUGAAUAAUUAGGUAAAGCUAGGUGCUAUUUAGAAUGUAAAAGACAAUUUUAUCUACAAUUCUUAUCAUUUCGAUUAAUUAUCUUAAAAUUCAUUAUAUGGAAAAAUAGAAUAAAAUUGAUUAUGAUGCAUAUGUGGUUUUGGUUUGGAAACAAUUUAGACAAUUUUUUUUUACCAGGAUAUAAUGUCGCUACAAUUUUCAGUUUUUUUUGUACUUGUUUAGGUUUAUUUGCAAUUGCAAUAUUAUAUGAGGGUAUGAAAGUUUUACAAAUCAAGUUACAACAAAAUACAACAAGCCUUUUACAGAAACAAACCCCAAGAUUAUCAGAAAAUUCUUGUUUGUUGUCUAAAAUAUCCUCAAACAACAUUAAAACAAAAAUUUCUUUACAUUGUAUACAAUGGUGUAUAUGGAGUUUCCAAAUAUUUCAUUGGUUUAUACAUACAUUUCUUGGUUAUCUUUUAAUGUUAGCUGUUAUGACAUAUAAUGUAUAUAUCACUAUUACUAUUGUGCUGGGAGCAUGUCUUGGAUAUUGGAUAUUUGGUCCACAACUUAUAGAACUUAACAUGAAACGAUUUUAUAAGAGACAAAUAUUAUUAGACUGUGAUAAAGAAUGUGCAGAUAACAUAAUACAUAGUCAGAGACAUGAAUCAACAGUUUCUGUUGUCGCAGACCAAUUAAUAACAGAAGCUACUGUUGAAGUUCAUAUGCCAAGAGAUGCUUAAAUCAAACAUUUAUACUACUAAAAAUAGUUACUAUUAUUUGUUAAUAAGUAAAGUAUUAUUUUGUUUAAAUAUUUUAUAUAAUAAUAUUUUAUAAUAUUUUGUAUAUUUUAUACUUAAAUUAAUUAUUUGUUAUA